CACAGCUACAUUCAGCAGUUUUCUCUUGGCUACCACUAUGUGCCCAAGUCCAGAACGUGCGUACGACAGCUUUGGACAGUGCACCUGAUAUUUAUUCCCUGUACCGUCCAUAAAUGGACAGUAAUAGUCUUGUAACACACAGCAUCUUACCUAUGCUAUGGAAGCCACAACUUGGAGAUCCUCUUAUCAUAUCUAAUGGGCGCUGCAGACACCUUCAUAUAGAGCUGGCGUUCCCUUUGAUCAUGAGUCCCACCCUAAUUAGACCCACCAAGCAUGUGUCCUGUAGUUGUGCCAGUGCCAUCGAGAUCACCAUCGAGCUCAAGCUUUAUGCUUGAUGGUGAUACUGUGCCACUCCCAGAAGGGGUACCUAACCGUGACUGGGAGGGUUUUUUUCGGCAGCAAGCAACAGUUCAGUCGGAUUCAGACGACGAACACAUACCUGAGCCACUGCUCACACCGUAUCCGUAUUUAGUCACCCCGUAUCCAUCAUCAGUUGAACACAUUAUCUCACAUCACCCACCGCCAACUCCUGACUCCCCUUUCAUCCCAGAGCCUCCGCAGGGUCCAUGGGACGGCUGGAUUCCCGCAUUAAAUUCGCCAGUUUACCAACAUCGCCAACAUCAAUAUAUUUCGCAGAGUUAUUCUGAGGAAGGAGGGGACCAUUUUGUUCGUCGGUGGCAAAAAUGGGAUCAGUAUGGCAAGCUGUGGGUACCGGAUAGGCACAGGUUUCGGUCGCCUUCGCCUAUAAGCAUUCUAGGAAUCGAAGACUAUUUCUACCUCAAUGUCCGCUCCAUGAACGAAGGAGGGAAAAAGUCGCUUGUUUUUAGCGACUUCAGUCCAAUCUUAGAUUCUUUUCUUCAUACUGUAUUUGUCGACAUCGAUCACGACGAGAUUCUUGAGUAUCCUAUUCAUCGAUUGUCCCAAAAGAUGAAGGUACUUCGGUCUAGGUUGGACGAUGCCUACACCUUCUUGGACACAGAACAACUUCCAGGAGACCUAGUAACCAAGGCCGAAGUUUUCGGCUUCAACGCGUCUACUGGAUGCGAAGGGGCCGCUGAGUUCGUCGAUGUUCUUGUGACACAUUUAGAAAAACUGUUGGAGGUCGUGGAAACGGAAAGCAAGCAGACGGUCAAGCAACUCGAAGAACUAUUGUCUAACAAUGAGAUUUCCUUCGAACUUCUGGAGUAUUACUACGAGGAAGGAGAGCGUUACAUCUUUAAUGAUGGGCUUUUACAGAAUAGUUUAGAUGUCGAAAGACCUAUUAUCUUGGUAGUCUUGAAGAGUGCCCGCUUCCGUGAUGAUAGACAGGCGUUGCUCGUCAAGUUGGAGCACCUUGAGUGGGAUGGCGUUCGUUUCGAGAAGCGCACCAUGUCAUUGGAUCUUUUUGCAUUCCAGGGAACUCGAGCCUUCUCGUCCCUGUUUCUUCAACCCGUCACAGACGAAGCCCUUGCUAAAGUGACUGAGCGCGGAAGGCUUUAUCUUUCUUACAGCAGAGUUUGUUGUGCAGAGUAUUAUGACGACACACCGAUGCGGUCGGUUUUCAGUGGCAACUCAACUCCACGCACUAGGCGGGUGAUGGUUGACCCAGUUGGAUUCUACCGUGCCUUGCAAGGCUACAACCCAAAUUUACGUGUAUCACUUCCCGACGAUGCGCAGGAGCAUAUCGCACGCCUUCCAUACUGGAUUGGUGGGUAUGAUCUUGAAGUGAAUCAAUGGCGAAUAUUCAGUAUAUGGGAUUUGAAGCCAGUCAAGUAUGAUCAAGAGGCAUGGAGCAAACUCAUUAUGGACGAAGACACCAAGGAUCUUAUAAGAGCACUAGUGGAUAAUGCUGGCUGUUCUGUAGGCGGUCUAAAGCCAGCGCAGUUCAACAAAGGACAGACAAUACUUCUUAAGGGACCACCAGGAACGGGCAGAAUGACAACUGUUCAUGCUGUCUGCAAUCUCCUCAAAAGACCUCUGCUUACUAUCAAUAUCACUUCUCAUGACUUCUUGUACGACCUUAUGAAUCUGGUACUAGAUAUUUCUCUGCGUGUAUCGUUUGCAGCCACCUGGAAUGCGGUGAUUGUGGUGAAAGACGCCGAUCGUUUCCUGGAGUCGAAAGAUCAAGGCCAUAGGGAUCGCGUCAGGACUGUUCUCCGUCAAUUUGAGUCGGAUGAUUGUAUCUCCUUCUGGGUAUCAGGUGCCUGCGACGAAGAACUCCUGACGCAGUUUUCUGCUGUCGUUGAAUUACCUGAACUGAACACUGCAGCCCGACGUCGUCUUUGGCUUGGCCACUUCGGCUUGAAUGAUCCCGCUGCAAUUAUAUGGAAUAGUGAGCGCACGCUUAUCGGCUCCUCCUUCGUGGAUCAGAAGGAGAUGGAUCAUUCAUUACUUCUUCGUGAUGUCGAGAAACUUUCACGGCAUCAGUUAGAUGGGAAGAUGAUUGACAAUAUCGUGCGGUCCGCGCGAGCACUAGCUGCCUCAAAUGGAGAGCAUUUGUCCGUCCAUCACAUCAAAGUGGUCAUGAAAGCACAGCGAUUGGAUAAUCUUCCGUUAUGGCGGAAACUGACCCGAAUUCUGACACGUCCGGCGAAGGUGCUUCACAUGUGAAUUGGGCGGAAGGCUCGUUGGUUUAAUGUUACUGCCAGUGAUACAGAGACCUGAUGUUCUUGUUUGCUUGUAAUAUAGCUGUAUGGCAUUCGAUGUACAAUAUUAGAUUGCAGACCCAAUUAUCUCCGAAGACACGAUGGGUUAAGUGAAUUUGAACUGAUGUAGGAAGGUACGCAUGGCGCCAGCCACGGCUGAACGCUG